AUGCCAGACCUGCGCCGUCAAGUAUUGGAGAGUGGCAAAACCAUCUCUCGCAAAGCUGCUUCCCGCGAAGGCUCUCGACGUACUUCGCGCGCCAACUCUACCCAGAAUUCCCGCCAUUCCUCUCAGAAUCAAAGUCGACAUGCCUCAGACGAGGAAGACCUUGACAGUCUAAGCGAUGACACGGCCAUGAGCAUUGGCUCGUUGGACGAUCUAACCGAUAACCCCGAUCUGGACAACCAUGACUGGGUUGAGGAGCUUGGGGACGUCAUCGAAGAUAUUCUGGACCGCAAACGCAGCAGCAAUUUGAGUCGCGAAGAGGCUUACGCUGCGUUUUGCCGACUAGCCAAAUAUCACUAUGUCGAGGAACAAAUUCGCGGUCGCGUUCUGGACUUGGUAGCGGCAUUCAACCGCAGUAUCAAGUUCGAGACCAGUGUGCGCGAAACCACUCUGGCGCUCCGUGCUGUCGAGCUCCUCGCCAUUUCAGCCUACGAUAAUACCAUCUACGAACAUGUCGAGCCCUUGUUGACUCGCACCGUGCGAGAUUCAACCUCUAACACGGUCAAGGCAGCAGCGAUCCACUGUCUGGGCGUCUGCACCAUCCAUGCAGGCGCUAGCGAAGAUGGGAUUCUCGACCAGAUGACGUUUUUCUUGGACAUUGCUGCCUCGGACGGGCAGUCGAUCGGUGCUGGGGACGACGCAGCCAGCGUCGUUGCUGCUCUGCAAGAAUGGGGCGUGCUUGCGACCUAUAUCGACGAUCUUGAAGGCGAAAGCGAGGAUGCCGUGCAGAUCUUCAUGGACCAGCUGAACAGUGGCGAUUCUGCGGUCCAGAUUGCUGCCGGCGAGAACAUUGCGCUCUUGUACGAGAAGAGCUAUACUCCACAGGAGGACGAUGAGGACGACGAGGACGAGGAGGAAGAAUCGGAAGAGGAAACCUUCUUGUCCGGAGGUCGCGGCAACGGCCCCAAGUUGAUCAAGCGCUACAACGCCUACCACAACACGCACGAGCUCGAGCAGCAACUCCAUUCGCUGGCCAAAGUCCACAGCAAACGGAUCAGCAAACGCGAUAAGAAGAGUCUACACAGCAACUUCGCCUCCAUCCUUACGACGGUGGAGAAUCCCCGUCGGGGACCCAUGUACAACACCGCUAUCGACCAGGACACCAACCGCCACUACGGCAGCAAGCUGACGGUCAAGAUUGGCCGACAGGGCGUGAUGAACAUCGAUCGCUGGUGGAAAUGGACGCGGCUGAGCUCGCUUCGACGCACCCUGCAGGGCGGCUUCGCAGCGCACUACUAUCAAGGCAACCGCGCCGUGCUGGAAAGCCUUCCGGUGAUCAUGCGCAUGGACACGCCGUCGGACCGAGGGUAUGCCAAGCGCACGGCCAAACAUCGGGAUAGUCGUCGGUGGGCGGUCCACGAGGCCUCGGACGAAGACUAG